UCCCAAACGAAAACUGAAAAAACCCUCAAUCAACCCCUCCCCAAAACCAUUCCCGCUCACUCUCACUCUCAUUUCAACUCUCUAAUUUCUGCUUAAAGCAACUCUGUAAAUCCUCGUUAGUCCAUUACUCUGGAGCGCGGCUCACUUCUCUUUGGUCCUUGCUUUGCUAUCUCUACACUCCCGAUAUCCGGUCAGUUUCUCUCCUCCCCCUCACCCUCUCUCCCACCGCUUUUAACUUUUCAGUCCGCUAGAACUCUACACCUCUUACUUUAUUCUAUAGAUACACAAGUAAAUUUUAAUGUAAAGACAAAGUUUGAUGCUGUGUGGUUAUCCUCAUUAUCAUCCCAAUAUAAUAAUUAAUUAUAAAUGGAUUUUGAGCCUCUAAGUAUCGGAAAUGAAGUGGAUUUUGAUAGCAUGGCCGAAGAUGAUGCAACCACUCGAGACUUAGAAAACGCCGAUGACUCUGACGAUGAUUUCAAUCGGGAGUUUGUGGAAGAAGCUCCUUUCACAGCUUCCCAUUUCUCGCCUUCAAACGGGGGUAUGAACCUUGAACCUUAUGAAGGUAUGGAAUUUGAUUCAGAGCAAGCCGCGCGCAUUUUCUACAACUCCUAUGCUCGCCGAACCGGUUUUAGUACUCGGGUAAGUGUCUACCAGCGAUCCCGCCGGGAUGGCUCCAUCAUAUGCCGCCAAAUUGUGUGUUCCCGCGAGGGGUUUCGCCGUGAAGGGGGUGAAAACAGGUCCAAACGGCAGCGUACUAUCACUAGAGUCGGGUGCAAGGCACAGAUGACAGUCAAGAAGCAGAGUUCUGGGAAAUGGGCAGUGUCUAAAUUUGCAAAGGAGCACAAUCAUGAGCUUGUUCCCCCUGAUAAGGUCCAUUGCCUGAGAUCUCAUAGACACGUUUCAGGCCCUGCACGAAGCCUCAUUGACACACUUCAGGCAGCAGGGAUGGGACCUAGCGGGGUUAUGUCUGUAUUGAUCAAAGAAUCGGGUGGAAUUAACAAUGUUGGCUUUACCAAAGUUGAUUGCCAGAAUUACAUGAGUAGUAGCAGGCAGAGGACACUUGGAAGUGGGGGUCAGGUUCUCUUUGACUAUUUAAAUAGAAUGCAGGCUGAAGAUCCUGAUUUUUUCUUCUCUGUCCAGGGUGAUUCUGAGAACUCAUUAGGAAAUAUCUUUUGGGCUGAUUCGACUUCACGGCUGAAUUAUAGUUACUUUGGGGACAGUGUUACAUUUGAUACUACAUAUAGAACAAAUCGUUACCGGGUCCCCUUCGCCCCUUUUUCUGGAUGGAACCAUCAUGGACAGCCUGUAUUAUUUGGAUGUGCUUUGCUUCUAAAUGAAUCAGAAUCCUCAUUUGUUUGGGUAUUUCAGACCUGGCUUGCAGCAAUCUCUGGUCAUCAUCCCAUUUCAAUCACAACAGACCAGGAUAGGAUCAUUAGGGCAGCUGUUGCACAAGUUUUCCCAGGGACCCGUCACAGAUUUUGUAAAUGGAAUGUAUUCAAAGAGGCUCAAGAGAAACUGUCUGAUAUAUAUCGCUUGUACCCUGCUUUUGAAUUAGAGUUCCAGAGGUGCAUUAAUCUGACGGAGACAGUUGAGGAGUUUGAAUCAUGUUGGGAGUCUCUUCAUCAAAGGUAUAGUCUUUCAGAUAAUGAAUGGCUUCAGUCAAUGUACAAUGCUCGCCAGCAAUGGGUACCAGUUUAUCUUCGUGAUACUUUCUUCGGGGAGAUGUCUGUAAACCAAUCUAGUGAUAAUAUCAAUUCCUACUUUGACGGAUAUAUAAAUGCAUCCACUAGUAUUCAGGUACUAAUCAAGCAAUAUGAGAAAGCAAUUGCUGUUAGGUAUGAGAAGGAAGUAAGAGCAGAUUAUGAUUCAGUGAAUACUGUACCAAUUUUAAAAACUCCAUCUCCCAUGGAAAAGCAAGCAGCAAAUAUUUAUACGAGGAAAGUAUUUAUGAAAUUCCAAGAGGAAUUAGUUGAGACUCUUGCAUAUCUUGCUACCAUAAUUGAUGAUACGGGAUUAGAAGUUAUUUACAGAGUUGCAAAAUUUGGGCAAGAGCAUAAAUCGCAUUUUGUGAGGUUCAGCAUGUUGGAAAAGAAAGCUUGUUGUAGCUGCCAAAUGUUUGAGUUUUCAGGCAUCCUUUGCAGGCAUAUCUUGGCAGUUUUUAGAGUUACAAAUGUUCUCACACUUCCAUCUCAUUAUAUCUUGAAACGAUGGACAAGAAAUGCAAAGAGUGGAGUUGCAUUGGAUCAUCAAACUCUAGGAUUGGCAAAUAAUUCUCUAGAGUCUUAUGCUGCUCGUUAUGACAAUCUAGGACGGGAAGCUAUCAAAUAUAUAGAAGAGGGGACAGAGUCGAUUCAUGUUUUCCAUGUGGCAAUUGAUGCACUCCGUGUGGCUGCUAAAAAAGUUGCUGCUGCUAAAAGGACUGAUACUGGAAUAAGACAAAAUACUCUGCUUGAUGACAACCUACAACUUCAGACAUGCUCUACGGAUCAAGACAAAGAGAUUCAGGAAUUGACGGCUGAACUGGAAAAUGCUAGUCAACAAUGUGAAGCAUAUCGAGCAAAACUGUUCUAUGUUCUGAAGGACUUGGAAGAACAGAAAUUAAAGAUAUCAGUGAAAGUUCAGAGUGUGAGGCUGAACGUUAAAGAUUGAUGCAGAGGGAAUGUGGCAGUAUACCUCCACUGAGUUUAUGUAGAUAUCUUGUGUAGCAUAGAGAAAGGGCGGAUUAUGCCCAAGUGUGAUUGGCUUUUACCUGUAAAAUCUAAGAUAAUACAUGAUCUUAACAGCUCAAUAGUCUAGGAUCAGUUGUGUAAAAAGAUACAUGAGUUCUGGGCGGACGUAAGUAGGAAAAAUGUCUUGAAGUGGAUUGAGGGAGGCAGCAGCAGAGGUUAAAACAGGCUUGUUGGAUGCUUCAGUAGAUUGUUAACAGGAUUUUAUU